GAUGUGGCUUGUCAGUCUCAACUUUAAACUCAGCAUAAACACAUAUAGUCUGAAGCAAAACUGGUGCCUUCAUGUCGCUGGAAAGCUAGAGGAAUACGUGUCUUUUUGUCCUGGAGACCUUUGACAAGCCGGAGCAACCUGCAGACAAGUAGUACUCGGCCUCCAUGGCAGCCUUGUCAGCGGUGUGGAUUACCCUACUACCCCUGCUGCAGCUGGCCCACUGCUCCGUCGCCUUCAGACACACUCAAGGAGAUCCAAUGUUGGUGGAUGAUAAGUCAGCGACCUCCUUCCUGUCCCGCUCGCUGCUUUAUAACAGCUGGGACUUUGAGGUAGUCGUGGCUGACAAUCUGGAGAGGGAGUGUGUGGAGGAGAUGUGCAGCUAUGAGGAGGCCAGAGAGGUGUUUGAGGACAACUACCAGACGGAAUUAUUCUGGAGCAAAUAUGUCAACAGUCAAGAGUCGGCACCAAGAGUGGAUGUGUCAGGGCUGGUGGCAGGACUCCUGGCUAUUGUAGUGAUUGCCGUCAUCGCAACCGUGCUGGGAAUCUACUGCUACAAAGCCAAGAACAAGAGUGGACGAAGGUCAGCCCAAGCUCCGGUUAGGAUGGCAGUAGAUGGGCAGCCAGCCCCGGAGGCAGUGCCCCUGAGUGGGAUCAUCGCCCCAGGUCUACCCAGCUACAAUGAGGUUCUGGCCCACAGUGGGCAGCACGAUGCCCCACCACCUCCAUAUUCAGGGGGGGCGCCAUCAGAGAUUGCUGAUCCAGGAGACAACAACUGAGAGGGCUUGCAGAGGCUCCUCUGUAUGGGUGAUGGGCAUCGAUGGUUUGUGUGCACUUUAAAAUGUUGUAUAUUUUUUUUGAGAUACUGUUUUUGUGAGUGAAGUUACAACACAGCCACAUAUCGACACCCCUUGACAGUAUGAUCGGCAUGUUGGCUGGCGAGUAGUUGGCCUACAGAUGUGAUGCCUUAAAGCAAAUCCAGCAGGGGUUGGGUAUGCUGUGUUUUGUCUGUAGGGUACUUUUGUGUGUAGCGACAAAAGACCAUCAAUUCUCAGAGUAUAUUGUUUUGCGUUAUGUUUUAUAUAAUAAACCACUUAAAAACGCUUCAGACACUUUGUCCAUCUGAUGCA